AUGGUCAAGUCAUACUUGAAAUACGAACACACCAAGUCGUUCGGUGUUGUCGCAUCGAGUGCCUCGAACCUCGUAUGGACGUCCAAAGAUCGCAAUGGCACAGGCGCCGGACAGGUCGUCGUUGCCGCCAAUGAAGAAGUCUUGAGCUGGGACAUCAAGAAGGGAGAGUUGCUGAGUCGGUGGAGGGACGACAAAUGCACGCUGCCCGUCACUGCUAUUGCGCAAAGCAAAGCCGAUAAGGAUGUGUACGCCGUGGGCUACGAAGACGGCAGUAUUCGGCUCUGGGACAGCAAGAUUGCGACGGUCAUUGUCAACUUCCAGGGCCAUUCUUCUGCCAUAACACAUCUAGCCUUCGAUAAGGCUGGUGUCAGACUGGCCAGUGGAAGCAAAGACACAGAUGUCAUCAUUUGGGAUCUUGUCGCUGAAGUCGGCCAGUACAAGUUGAGAGGUCACAAGGAUCAAGUCACCGGUCUUCGAUUUGUUGAACCUGAGGCGCAACCCGAUGACGAGGAGGAUGUGCAAGCUAUGGCCCUUGACAGCGACAACGCCGAGGGCUAUCUUUUGACGACCGGCAAGGACUCCUUGAUUAAGCUUUGGGACCUGUCAUCGCGGCACUGUAUCGAAACGCACAUUGCCCAGUCCAACGGCGAGUGCUGGGCGCUAGGCUUGUCACCAGACUACAACGGAUGUGUGACUGCUGGAAACGACGGCGAACUGAAGGUCUGGUUCAUCGACACUGCCGGCCUGGCCUCGAUGAAGGGUCGUGUAGACGCCCCGCAGUCAGCAAACUUUGUGCAGGACCGCGGAACAUUGUUCCGCCAGAGCAAGGACAGGGCUACCGAAGUCGUUUUCCACCCAAAGCGCGACUACUUUGCGGUUCACGGCUCCGAGAAGUCGACUGAAGUCUGGCGCAUCCGAUCAGAGGCCGAGGUAAAGAAGUCUUUGGCACGCAAGAAGAAGAGGAGAAGAGAGAAGGCCAAAGAUGGAAAGACGGAGGAUGAAGAGAUGGGCGAUGCAGCCGAUGCCGCCGACGAUCUAUCUGGUGCCGAGGCCAGCGAUUACUUUGUCCAGUACGUGAUCGUACGAACUGGCGGCAAGGUCCGCUCGGUUGACUGGGCUGUCGGCAGCGGCAGCAAGUCCAUUCAACUCGUAGUCGGCACCACCAACAACCAGCUGGAGUACUACAGCAUUCCCACCAAAGAUUCUGGCAAGGCGAAGAAGGAGGACACUCCGGACUACACACGGUCUCUUUCCGUUGAUCUUCCAGGACACAGGACAGAUGUGCGCUCUGUGUCGCUGAGUUCUGACGACAAGAUGCUGGCUUCGGCGUCGAACGGUAGCCUCAAGAUUUGGAAUAUCAAGACACAGACAUGCAUUCGCACCUUCGAGUGCGGCUAUGCGUUGUGCUGUUCUUUCCUUCCAGGAGACAAGGUUGUAGUGGUUGGCACCAAGGGAGGCGAGUUGGAGCUUUUCGAUGUCGCCUCGGCCAGCCUUCUGGACAGCGUCACGGCCCACGAGGGUGCCAUCUGGUCUCUCCAGGUUCAUCCUGACGGCAAGUCCAUGGUGUCUGGCAGCGCAGACAAAACGGCGAAGUUCUGGAACUUCCAGAUUGUUCAGGAGGAGAUCUUGGGUACCACCCGCACAACACCCAAGCUGAAACUUGCCCAGUCGAGGAUACUGAAAGUUGCGGACGAUAUUCUCAGCCUCAAGUUUUCUCCCGACGCGAAGCUUCUGGCGGUUUCACUCCUUGACAGCACGGUGAAGGUCUUCUUUGUCGACAGUCUCAAGCUUUACCUCAACCUUUACGGUCACAAGCUCCCCGUGCUCAGUAUGGAUAUCUCAUACGACAGCAAGCUCAUCAUUACUAGUUCUGCCGACAAGAACAUCAGGAUAUGGGGCCUCGACUUUGGCGAUUGCCACAAGGCACUUUUUGGUCACCAAGACAGUAUCCUGCAAGUUGCCUUUGUCCCUCAUAAUUCAGAUGGCAACGGUCACCACUUCUUCAGCGCCAGCAAGGACCGGUGCAUCAAGUACUGGGAUGGCGACAAGUUUGAGCAGAUCCAGAGGCUCGACGGCCACCACGGCGAGGUUUGGGCAAUGGCCGUCAGCCACAGCGGCAGGACCCUCGUCAGCGCAGGACACGACAAGAGCAUCCGCGUGUGGGAUGAGACGGACGAGCAGAUCUUCCUCGAGGAAGAGCGCGAGAAGGAGCUGGAGGAGCUUUACGAGAGCACCCUCACGGGUUCGCUUGAGCGGGAUCCCGACGCGGAGGAUGCCAACGGCGAGGUGGGCGCGGCGACCAAGCAGACGGUCGAGACGCUCAUGGCGGGUGAGCGCAUCGCCGAAGCCCUUGAGCUGGGCAUGGCGGAUCUCAACCUGCUCAAGGAGUAUGAGCAGGCGAAGUUGACGAACCCGCAUGCGCAGCCACCACAGCGCAAUGUCAUCUUCGUUGCUCUCGGCAACAUCAGUGCCGAGACGCAUGUCAUGUCUGUGCUGCAGCGCAUCAAGGCAUCCGCACUCCAUGACGCGCUUCUUGUGCUGCCCUUCUCCACUGUCCCCAUGCUCUUUACCUUCCUCGACCUGUUCGCGCAGCGAUCAAUGAACAUGCCAUUGACCUGCCGCAUUCUGUUCUUCAUGCUCAAGACGCACCACAGACAGAUCGUGUCGAGCCGUACAAUGAGGACUAUGCUGGAUGGCAUACGGGCGAACCUGAGGGCGGCACUUAGGAAGCAGAAGAACGAGAUGGGCUACAACAUUGCCGCACUGAAGGUUGUCGGCAUGCAAUUGCAGGCGAAGAGUGUGAAGGACUAUGUUGACGAGACGUGGGAUGAGGAGAACGACAGCAAGGUUGACAAGAUGCUGUUCUUCAGCUUCUUCAAAACCCUCAUUGACCAUGAGGUCACCAUCGAGCUCAAGAACGACAUUCAGAUCCGCGGCACGCUCAAGAGCGUCGACCAGUACCUGAACAUCAAGCUCGAGGACAUUUCCGUCGUUGAGGAGCUGAAGUACCCGCACCUGAGUUCUGUCAAGAAUGUCUUCAUUCGUGGCUCGGUUGUGCGCUACGUUCAUCUUCCUGCUGCGUCUGUAGAUGUUCCGCUGCUGGAGGAUGCGACGCGGAGGGAAGCAGCUGCUCAACAGGCCAAGGCGAAAUAG